GCACGAUCGACGCGAGCACAGCAACUUCCCAGGACCAAAACCGCUCUCAAACAUCUUGCCUGCCCUCUUCACGCGCAGCCGUUUACAAUUUGUUCAUUUGAGAUAUCCAAAAAUACACACUGUCUACGGCGACGCUGUAUUUUGUGCUAAAUUAAGUGAUAUUAGCAAGGUUUGGAUUAUUAUACAGGGUUGUUUAAAGCCUUCAUAACCAGUUAUAGAAAAUAACUGGACCACGAUAACGGGAGAGCUGCCUCCAUCACCGCUUAGAACACGCGAGCAUCACAACGACCGACGGCUGACUCAUUAUCUUCGUUCGAAACCAUGUCAGAGUACAGUUCCCUGCUGAGCGAUCUCUCUGAGAACAUCACCAAUGAGGACCUGGAGCAGUUGAAGUCCGCGUGCAAAGAGGACAUCCCAGAGGAGCAGAGCAACACCAUCACCUCCUCCAAAGAAUGGUUUAGCUACCUGGAGAAGAAUGACAAACUGGCACAGGAUAACCUGUCCUACAUAGAGCACAUCUUUGAGAUCUCCCGGCGACCAGACCUUUUGACCCGUGUCAUCGAGUACCGCACGACUGUCCUCAAGAUCUCUGAGGAUGACGAGAUCGACACCAAACUCACACGCAUCCCUUCUGCCAAGAAAUACAAGGAUAUCAUCCGCCAGCCGUCUGAGGAUGAGAUCAUCAAGCUGGCCCCUCCCCCAAAGAAAGCAUGAGGUCAAAGGCCAUGACCUUUGAACUUCACCCUUGGCACGCCACUUCACCCAAUCAUCUAUAGCCCCCACCCCCACACCUUUCAUCUGAUUCAUCUGACCAUGCCAUGUCCAUCUUACAGACCCCCCUCCCCCCACAACAGCCACAACAAACAAGCAGCAGUCAACCAAUCAGUUUGCCACAACAGCCACAACAAACAAGCAGCAGUCAACCAAUCAGUUUGCCACAACAGCCACAACAAACAAGCAGCAGUCAACCAAUCAGUUUGCCACAACGCUUUAUUACAUUACUCAUCUUUUCCCUUGAUGUGGAAGAAAGAAAUGAAGUGCACGCACAUAGGAGAAAGAGAGAUGAAGGGAGGGAGAGACAGAAAGAAAGAGAGGAACCACAGCCCAAAGCCAAGGUUGUGUGGAUGCAACUUGACAUUCAUCGAUAAGAAAAGUAUUUGUGAAUGAGUGUGCAUGUAUAGCCGUGUGUGUGUGUGUGUGUGUGUGUGUGUGUGUGUGUGUGUGUGUGUGUGUGUGUGUGUGUGUGUGUGUGUGUCUGUGUGUGUGUGGCCACAGCAGUUUUGAUGAGAACAGCACAGACAUCCACAGCUUCCAUGUCACAGGACACGUGGACACACCUCUGCUGAAAAACGUUAAGGAGAUGUCAGAUCGACAACACAGCAAAGCAUGCUGGGAGGUCAAGCUGCUACGUUGCAGGCUGCUUCAAUGGUUUAGUUAAACACAGAGCAUCGGCCAUCCUCUGCUGGCACCUCAUUCCCCUGUGUCUCCAACACAUUACCCAGUAUCAGAUGCUGGAAUUUAUAAAAGCCAACAACCGAAUGUGAGAAGAUAAAACUAGAAAUGCGAAGAAGAAAACUAAACAGAGGGUUCUAUAUGACAGCAGAAACGCCUAUAUUUGCCUUUUGCUUUGAAUUUGCUUAAGGCACUGAACAGCUUUUCUUUUGCAUCUAUUGUGUUGUUUCUCUAUCCUUUUACUAUUAUUUGUAUUGUUGUUAUUUUUCGUAAUUAUUGUUUAAAUUGUAUUAUUUUCUUUUUUUCAUACACUAUGAUAUCCAGAAAAUUGUAAUUUUAUGAUGUUAUUGGUAAUAAUGAAUAUUCACUUGUGACAUCCCCCUUUUGUUUGAAAAUUAAGAGGACCAGUGGCCAUAAUGGAAAGUCAAGGGAAGCAUUCAUGAUCCCACCAUAAACAAAUCCCUCUACUCCCAUAAACUACAUCUCCCAUAAUGCUCCUCACACAUUGCAGAUGCUCUCUGCUCUCUGAUCUCAGCGAGAAAAAAAAGUAGUUUCCUCAGAAAAAAAAAAAAAAAAAAAAAAAAAAAAAAAAAACAAUGAAAAGUGACCAAAUGUCGGCAAAUAUCAUUCAAUUCUCAGUGGCUUAGUCCAUUCCUUUGUUUCGCUGAAGGACCACUUUGUUUUUAUUUUUUAUUUUUUGAAAUUCUAUGGUGCCCCCACAGACUUGGCACAAGAUCAUGUAUGAAAAUAAUAAUUCCUAGAAAAAUAUUAGGAGGCUUCAGGUGAAUGCAAAUGAUAUAACAUAAUCAUUUAAAAGUUUGGAAGCAUUAAAAGUAACUUAUUCUUUAUAAUACAUACUGUAGAUGAAUGUUCACAUGACAGAUGCAUUAUACAAAAUAACAUUAUAUUACUGUAAAAAAACAAGUGAAGUAAUUGCAAAUAUAUCCUGCAGAGAUAUACAGUAUCUUGGAUAGUGUAAGGUAUGCCCAAUGACUGCAUGAUAAAUAGAUGAACUAGAGAAGGCCUGCAAGUGUACCCAAUACAACAGGCCACCAUACAUUCAUGCAUAAAAGCCACAGUAAGACUGUUGAUAGAAGACAAAAUUUACACUGUGUUUUAUAUCCCAGCCUAAAGAGACUGUUGCUUUUGCCAUGCUAAUCUGUGUGUAUGUGUGUGUGUGUGUGUGUGUGUGUGUGUGUGUGUGUGUGUGUGUGUGUGAGAGAGAGAGAGAGAGAGA